CAGGUUCUUCGGCGGCAGGGGCUUCCUCAUUGCUGGUUUCCGGGUUGGCCUCUUCAGUCGACGCUUCCUUGGUGUCAUCAUGAACGGCUGCGACCUCUGCAGCUGACUCUUCGCUACCCUCUACUGCAUCAGGGGCUGGCUCAGCGUCCUUCUCCGGCUCUGCGAUUUCAGAAUUUUCUGGGACAUCGUUUUCGGCUGAUGGCUCCUCCUUAGUUUCCACGGUCUGGUUCUCCUCCUCGAAAGUCUCUACUGUGCUUGCAACAGUGCCUUCCGUUUCGUCAUUUUCCUUUGUCCCGUCGGAACUUUCAGAUGCUGUCUCGCCAUUGGCCUCGUUCGAAGGCUCUUCAUCCUUGGCUUCUGCCUCUGCAGCUGCAGGCGCACUGACUGUGAGCACAUGAUUCUUGUGGCCCUCAUCGUCAGUCACUACAAAAGAAAAAGCUAUGUCAGCUGGUUAUCCGACCCCAUACAUUGCAGCAAUUCAGAAAGCGCAUCGAUACGCACCUGUCUGCAGACCUUCGUCGUGGAUCCAAGGUCCGUCAGACCCAAGACGGAAUCUGUACUCAUACUUUCCCUCUGGAAUCUUGAAAUCAUGGGAGAAGACAUAUUCUGAUGCCUCUCCCUCCUCGCCACUUGCUUCUGUAGGCUUGGGAUUCAGUUCCACGGGCUCCCAGGCAGGAUCAGAAAAGGAUCCGGCCACGAAAACUGCAGGCGUGUCGGUUGGACGGCGGAUUGAAAUAGUGAUGGUUUCUCCACUUUCAUUUGCCAUAAUGGUCGUGAUAAUCGUAACAGUCGUCAAAAAACAAACAAUUGAAGUUGAAGCGCGUCAGCGAAUACCAGACCUCGUGCGCAACGAGGACUUGCUUCUUGCAGAUAUUUUGCGCGAUAAGGUGGGGGAGCACGGCGACUACAGUUUGCUAAAUGUACAAGAACAAGGAAACCGCCCUAAGCUCAACACGCGCAUACAAAGACAAGUAGUAGAUAGCCUCAGAUACAAUUGACAGUCAGGGUAUUUCUUUUCGAUAUGAUUAGAAAAAAAAGGUGAAGAUGAGAAAAUAAUUCAGGCACCGCGCGAGGGGG